AUGAGUGAUGAUUUUGUAAGAUUCUACAAGUCUUUGGAUGGCAAUAAGUUUAAGGUGUUUGUAAAAGGAGAGUGGUACUGUGUGUUUGAAGACGACAUCAAGCAUGUUACAAACCAUAGCCAUGAAGAUAUUGUCAGAAGAGAUGGCAUGGAUGAGCUAAGGAUGACAAAAGGAGAAGCAGAGGAGGUGAUGAAGGCGUUGCUUACGAGAAGAAGUGGAGGAGUGGCUGUUCAGGAGUAUAAUGGAUGUAAGCUUGUAAGAGAAGGUUAUCCUGGCAAUUGGCAUGACUUUACAGACAUGCUUCUUGAUAGUAGACAGGCACCUUCGGUUGCAGCAGUGAGGAUUACAGAGUGUGUGGAGAUUAGUUUUGUUGGCAGUUGUGAAUCCACGAUGUAUACAUGCACAUUCAAGGAUGAUGAUAUGUUUACUAGCCUCUAUGGGAUCCUGAAUGAGGAGAACAUUAUGGAAGUGGUUUGUGACACAACAAGGACAGAAGAGCUUCUAAAUAGGUAUGGAGUACCGAGUAACUUGAGAAAGUAUAAUGGAAGCACAACAAGGAUGCUGUGUGAGUAUUUAAAGAUUGAUGAAGAAAGAUACGAGCAUAAGGAGUAUGUUAGGCAAUUUGUAUGCCGAGUAGAUAGGAAUGUGUUAAUUACAUUGAAUGUGCUGAAGGAAGACGAGCAUUGUGUGUUUAGUACGUUUUCAUGUUUUACCAAUCAAGGCCGUAGGCAUCUGCAGAAGAUGUUUUUGCAACCUUUAGUUGAUAUUAAUGCGAUUGAGAAGAGGCUUGAUAUUGUAGAAGCAUUAAUGAAAGUUGACCUACAAGAAUUGAAAGGAUUUCCUGAUCUCCAGAGACACAUAGGAAGGAUUUGGAAUGGAAGAAUAAACCUAAAGGAGAUUCUCAGGCUAAUUGAAGCAAUCCGACGUAUUCCUGUGAUUGUGAAGAUUCUUGAAUCGUCGGUAUGCCUUAGAGAGGCGUUUGCAUCCACUCUUGAGUCAACUUGCCAACACUUUAAUUUAUUUCUAGACGAGGCCAACAAGAUAAUUGAUGUGUAUUCGGAAGAUGAGAGUGGAUACGCAAUCAGACCUGAGUUUUCAGAUAAGCUUGGUGAGCUCAGGUGUCAGCUUGAUGAGAUCGAUAGGGAGAUAUAUACAGAAUAUGAAAGAGUUUAUAGAGUAUAUCCACAGGCAAGAUAUGAUGCAAGUACAGGAGUAUUUAAGAGUACACGAGGAGAAUAUCAAAAGAACCAGGAUGUUUUUAAGAAAGAAGGAUUUCUUGAGCUCAGCCUUACGAAGGGAGGUAUUUCGUUUACUACACGAAUGUUAUCUUGCAUGAAUGAAAGGAAAGGGUGUAUCAAAGCAGAGAUAGACAGAGAAGAAGAAGUAGUGCUUGGAAAGCUUAGGAUGCUGAUCAGGAAGUUUCUACCUGAUAUCGAAUGCAUCAAUCAUUUGGUUGCACAGAUUGAUGUGUUGAAUGCAUUUUCUAUCAAAGCGAGUGUUGCAGGAUAUGCAAGGCCAGUAUUUAAUAAUGAACGAUUUGAGAUACGCAAUGGAUUUCAUCCUGUGCUUGAAGAUAGAAGCUGCAUACGGAACACAGUUAGUAUGAGCGAGAAGAGAAUGUGUGUAGUAACAGGCCCGAAUAUGGGAGGAAAGAGCACAUUCAUAAAGACAUGUGGUGUUAUCGCUCUGAUGGCGCAGAUUGGAUGUUACAUACCUGCAGAGUAUGGAAUGCUUCCGAUAUUUGAUGGGAUAUAUGUGAGGACAGGUGCCAGUGAUUGCGCUUUUAUAGGUGCAUCAACAUUCAUGGCUGAGAUGGUGGAUAUAGCAAGGAUCUGCCACCUGAGCACACAGAAUUCGCUGAUUAUUAUUGAUGAGCUUGGAAGAGGAACAAGCGCAAUAGAUGGGCUGAGCAUUGCACAGGCAGUGAAGGAGCAUAUUGUGGAUAAAGGAUCACUGUGUUUCUGUGCAACACACUUUCCUGAGCUUUGCGGAGAUGAUGUUGUUAACAAGCGAGUCAAAAGCGAAGGCACACUCCUUAUGUAUGAAGUUAUUGAUGGUGUUUGUGAUACAAGCUUUGGAAUUAUGGUUGCAGAAAAGGCAGGUUUUCCAAGGGAUGUGGUUCAAAUGGCCAAAGCAUACAUGGACAUGUAA